AAUGCUGACAUGGCGGCUUCCAUAGUGGAUACGUCUCGACAAGGCAGCUGGGUUAAAUGUAUUGUAGUUCUUUGUGUCCUUAUUUCUUCUGUCGCUGGCCUGAUUCCAGGAUUAUACUGUGGGACAGAGAGCUGUUAUGAUGUCCUCGGGGUGGCAAGAGAAGCAACAAAAGCCGAGAUAGCGCGUGCUUAUAGACAGCUGGCCAGAAAAUAUCAUCCCGACAGGUAUCGAGAUGGGGACCCAGGACUCGCUGGAGAGACCAAUGAAAGUGCCCAACAGAAAUUUAUGCUCGUCGCAACAGCCUAUGAAACCCUUAAAGAUGAAGAAACCAGGAAAGAGUACAACUACAUGCUGGAUAACCCAGACCAGUACUACAGUCACGUUUAUGCAUACUACAGCAGAAGGCUGGCACCUAAAGUGGAUGUGAGGAUAGUGAUCCUAGUAACAGUCUGUGCCAUUUCUGUGUUCCAGUAUUACAGCUGGUGGAGUAGCUACACUGAAGCCAUAAACUACCUGGCUACCAUGCCAAAGUACCGCAUCCAGGCCACUCAGCUUGCAAAGGAGCAGGGCCUACUGAACCGGACCAAGGAGAAAGGAAAGAACAGACGAUCAAAGGAGGAAAUUCGAGAAGAGGAAGAGGAGAUCAUCCGCGACAUCAUCAAGAACAAGAUUGACAUUAAGGGCGGUUAUCAGAAGCCUAAUGUGUCAGACAUCCUGCUGUUCAAGCUAGUGCUGUCUCCCUACUACUUCUGCAUUUAUAUAGCAUGGUACUGUUCCUGGAUAUACCGGUUCACCCUAAAGAAAGAGGAGUAUGGCCAGGAGGAGAAGCUCUACCUUAUCCGCAAACACAUGAAGAUGUCACAAGCACAGUUCGACAGCCUUGACGACCACCUGCACGACACGUACUUGGAGAAGCAGCUUUGGAUUAAGGAGAACUAUGAGGUGUAUAAACAGGAGCAGGAGGAGGAGAUGAAGGUGAAGAUGGCACAGGACUCCAGGUGGAAGCGCUACCGCAGGUGGAUGAAGAAUGAAGGACCGGGUCGUCUCACUUUCAUUGAUGAUUGAUGAUAACAAAAAACAAAACAUACAAAAAUGAACAACCUCUACUCCCCACCCCACACACAAGACACAUGUGCUCACAUGCACAUGUCAAACAUGUAAAACCAAUAUGCCAAUACGCAGUAUAUAAUGCAUCCCAAGCUUUGCGUAUGUGUGUGCAUACAUUUGUGUGUGAACCUCAUACUGAUUGCUUGGGCUUGUCAUGUGUGUGUUUUUAUGCAAACAUUUACAAACGAUGGUGACUGGUGUCUUCUGAAGCAUUAAGGAGGUACGUCUGAAAGGGGCUGUCUUGGUUUCUGGCUGUGGAUGGAACAAUUCAAUCUACAGCCAAGUCUGCACAUUUGUCAACUGUUUUGCCAUGAUUUUUUUUCUGUGGUGUCUUUGAAUUCAUAUUUUAUAAUAUUAAAAUAGUAAUCGUAAAGCGUUGUAUUUUUGUGUCCGAUGAUAGUGUUCCAUUAACUCAAAAUGUUAUGUCUCUCCCAUCCACACCACCAUCCUCAACAUUUUUUUUUCUCUUUUCUUUUGAUGUAGACAAACAUGUUAAGAGGUGCAUGAUAAUAGCAUGUAUGCCAUUUGAAGCUGCAUGCCACACAUGUUACAUGUGAUAUCUAUGUUUACAUUUUUUUGAUGGUGUCUAAAGGGGAUUUGGGGGGUAAUUUAAGGAAGGUGUUAGCAUGUUGCAAUUGUAGUUGCUUUAGCUACAAAUAGAAACGAGUAACUUUAAACAAAAACUUGAAUGAAGCCAAUUGGAAAAUCAAGUGAUCCUUGCCCAAAGAUUUUGAUUCCAUCACUGAGGGUUUUUUGGACUUAUCAGGCUAGCUUUAUGAAAUAUCCCAAAAGAUGCUUAGAUGUCUUAAGCACUAGUAUAGCAAUAGGCACAAUAAUUCUGUGACAGGGCUGCUUAACAUUUUUUGUUACACAAAAUGGCUGCUAGUUAUACUGUUGUGGUUGAUGUUGGACAAACUGGAAAACAAAUGACCCCCUCUCCACCUUUAAACAGCAGCAGCAUCACCUAUGCUAAUGUCCUAGAGAACUGAUACUGAAUUGGAGAGAUGUUAACAUUCUGUUUUAUGUGAUAAUUUAUGUGAAGGGGAUGAUUUCCUGUUACCUUCCUAUUUCCUUUUUCAUUUAAGCAGUGAAGACCUAAGACAACACUGUAAAAAGUAAAUCAGACAACAUUUAGACUAAGGUCACAAUUGCUGACCAAACAACGCCCAGAGAGCCGGUCACUGGGGUCACGUUCAUUUGUUUAUAAAUAGACUUAGAAAUAGUAAUAUUACCACAAAUGCCUUAAUCAUAUUGAUGUAUGUAUGUAUGCUACGGUAUCAGUUCAAAACAAGUCAGACCCCCCAAUAGAAUACACAUUUUACAGGUCUGUAAACUAGUAUAUUCUUCAAUACAGUAUCACGGACUACCAAUUGUGUAGGCUAAUAUCUAAGGAAGUGGUCGUACUGUGAGGUUUUAUACAGAGAUCUUUGAGAUGCUGUGUGGUUGCAUUCAAAUCUUUUCAUAUCUGUCACUUCUAUGGGUCUGUUGGCUGUGCUGUUUGAUAAUCAGAUGGUGUUGUUUGUGACAACUGCUGUAAAUUACUGAAAAUAAAAACACA